AAUUAAUUUUUAAGUAGAUUUUCUGGCGGUUUCAAAAACUAUGAGAACUUAAAGUCUUGAGUUCAAGUUAUUAAAUUUCUGUUGUAUUUGAGAUUUUUUGAUUCUUCGUUUGUCAUCUUUUUUAAUUGAACUUUGAUUCAAGUGACAUAUAAUUUUUUUUUUAUCUCGAUUUAAAAAUUUAAAUGAAAUCCACAAUGGCUGAUGAAAGUUUACAUUCGCCUUUAGACCAAAAUAUCGAUUAUCAUAUUGUAACUUUAUUCGAACGAUUGGAAGCAAUGCGUAAGGAUACAAACGGACAUCCUUCGAUAAGUGCUAGAUUAUCGAGUACAUUGCAACCAAAAAGGAGUAUGCAUGCGGAAAUAAGGACUUUGGAGUUUUGGAGGUCAAUAAUCUGUGAGUGUUUGGCAUCGUUCUUCUAUGUUUUUAUUGUUUGUGGAGCAGCAGCUGGUGCUGGUGUGGGAGCUAGUGUAUCAUCGGUUCUAUUGGCUACAGCACUAGCAUCUGGUUUGGCUAUGGCAACAUUAACUCAAUGUUUUAUGAAUAUCUCUGGUGCACACAUUAAUCCUGCAGUGACGUUAGCAUCAUGUGUCAUCCGGAUAAUAACACCAUUGCGUGCUGCAAUGUACAUAACUGCCCAAUGUGGUGGUGGAAUAGCUGGAGCAGCACUACUUUAUGGUGUAACAGUACCAGGAUAUCAAGGCAAUCUACAAGCUGCCAUCUCACAUAGUGCCUCAUUAGCUGCAUGGGAACGUUUUGGUGUUGAAUUUAUUUUGACAUUUGUCGUUGUGCUGUCAUAUUUUGUAUCAAUGGAUUCGUAUAAGAAAUAUUUAGGAAAUGCCGCACUGUCAAUUGGUGCUGCUUAUAGUGCGUGCAGUUUUGUCUCGAUGCCUUAUCUUAAUCCAGCUCGUUCGCUCGGACCAUCAUUUGUCCUCAAUAAAUGGGAUAGUCACUGGGUCUAUUGGUUCGGACCAAUGGUCGGUGGCAUUGCUUCUGGUCUUCUCUUCGAAUACAUUUUCAAUUCACGUCGCAGUCAUCGUAAAUCUAAAGAAAGCAUGGAUAACGAUUCAUCCAGUAUGCACUCCGAAGACGCACUCAACUACGACAUGGACAUGGAAAAACAACAAAUGCAAAAUCCCAAAUUCCAAGGUACUCAAUAUCGUGCCCCGACUGGAACUCUCACCCAACAAGGUGGCUACUGUCAGAAUUUAUAUACCACAGCACCGUUGACCAAAUUCGAACAACCAGAACCACUGUAUGGUGGAACUCGUUCAAUGUACUGCCGUUCACCACCUCUAACUAGGACCAAUUUAAAUCGAUCACAAUCGGUUUAUGCAAAGAGUAAUACUGCCAUUAAUCGUGAUAUUGUUCCACGGCCGGGACCAUUGGUGCCUGCUCAAAGUUUGUAUCCGUUGCGUGUGUCUCAGGUGCAAAAUACUCAUUUGCAGAAUCAAAAUGUACAAAAUCAAAUGCAACAACGUUCGGAGAGUAUUUAUGGUAUGAGAGGUUCAACACGUCAAUCACAACAACAGCAACAACAUCACCAACAACAACAGCAACAACAACAGCAAAUGCAACAACAAGCUGAAAGACCUCAAGAAUCUCAGGGUUUCCAACCUGUUUAUGGAACACGUCACAAUCCUACCCCUAACGAUGGUGGACUUAAAUUCGAUAGACGUCCCGAAUCGGUUUAUGGUCUAACUCAACCUCGUGGACGUGGACAAUCUGCACAAUCCGAUGACAGUUCGUAUGGAUCGUAUCAUGGAUCUGCGAUAACUCCUCCAGCUAGAAAUCCAAAUGGUGAGGUUAUGAUGUACAUUCCACCUCCACAACCCACACAACAACAAACACACCAACAUCAACAACAACAGCAGCAACAACAACAACAACAGCAACAACAACAGCAGCAACAACAACUCAUUCGAACGCAAUCAGAGAGAAAAGUCUCCGCUCCAGUGGUGAGUGCUUCAUCGCAGCAAACUCAACAAAGUGUUGUUGAUGGACGACAACAAACUGUCACAUAUUCCACCUCAGGUCAGGGACCACCAACUCAACAAAUGGUUUCAGCACAACACUAUAGCAUGAUGCCAAUGAGACAAAAUUAGAAAUUAGAAAAAUUCUAGUUGGUAUUUCUCUCCCGCCAACACUAGGCACACCCAUAAUUCUUCCGAUUAGUAUUUUAAGUUUGUUACUUUGUAGAUUUUUUUUUUUGUAGAGAUGUGACUUUUUUAUUGGAACCUUAAACCUAGCAUUAAAAAUUGAGUUAUUGUCAAUAAAUGAAUGAUCUUGCGGGAUCCUAGCUGCUAGUCACAAAUGGAAUCAUGUGGAACUUACUCAAUCACUAAUCAAUUGUGUAACAUAACAAACAAUGAUGGCUGAUAUGGAGAUUUGAUUGUGGUUAAAUCUAGUACUAUUUAUAGAUAAUUUUUAAAUCGGGUGUCAAAAUAGAUGCGUGCCUUUGAAGGAUGGUAGACUACUCAUAAGUAUAUCUAGUACUACAAAAAACAAAUUAUCUUCUGUUUAAGUAGAUAGGAUAAUGUAAUUGUUGUACUAGAUUUCUACCCCUGAGUAGUCUACAACCUCUAAAGAAACGCGGCAUAAAGAAUACAAGAUUCGUUUGUUUACUUUUCUUCUAUUUGUUAACCAAAUAAA